GACACAGAAAAAGGCAAGAGAAGAGAGGGGCAGUUCGGAUAUAGAAUAAGUAUGAAAAGCACAAGUCAAUUGUGGGGAGGAGACAAUAAAUGAGAGAAUUGCUUGAUGAGGCUUAUGAUAACACUCCUCAUCCGUCAAGUCGUUUUUCAUUCUCUUCUCCCAAUGAUCCCCUCCAGAAUUCCACGCCUUAAUCCCCCUCUUUGCUUUUCUGCUUUCCUCUUCUCUCUUCUCUCAAUACCCUAAUAGCCCUAGUCAACCUCACCCCUCUCUCUCCUUUUCUCUCUCUCUCUGCAUCUUUCAAAGCCUAGCUAAACAAUUACCCACAAAAAUUUUCAACUUCUUUUAGAAUCAAAACAUACUAUAUAUAUACAAUAUAGCUACUACCUUUGUUGCAAAAGGCAGGCAUUUCCAAUCUUUUCUUCAAUUUCACCUCUCCAUUUUCUCUUUUUUCACAUUAAAAGUGGUUCAAGAAAUGUGGAUGAUGGGUUACAAUGACAGUGGUCAUGAGUUCAAUACACCAGAUUUUCAUGGGAGAAAACUUAGGCCAAUCAUUCCAAGGCCAGUCAUGCCCUCUACAAACAACAAUCACCCCUCCUCUACCCGUAUCAAUGGCACAGAUUUCAAUCUUGCACAUAAUCACCAGCUGGGAACAAUGGGUGAUCAAGGCAAGAGACUAGAGUUCAGUGGACAACAGGUUGUUGUUAGUUCAAGAUGGAAUCCAACACCAGAGCAGUUGAGAACUCUCGAAGAUUUGUAUCGACGGGGGACUCGAACCCCUUCUGCAGACCAAAUCCAACACAUCACUGUACAACUUAGGAGGUAUGGGAAAAUUGAAGGGAAGAAUGUGUUCUAUUGGUUUCAGAAUCAUAAAGCCAGAGAGAGACAGAAACGACGCCGUCAAACAGAAUCCGGUCCCGGAGAACAACUACCUCACCUUGACGUGGAAGCCUUAGAAACCAAAUAUUCUGAGGCAAACAGGACAAAUCAUGAAGUUGAACAGACCAAGAACUGGACACCCUCUACAGACUGCAGUAUACUACCAGAGCAGACUAUUUCAAUACAAAGGGCGGCAAAAGCAACAACAAUGGCAGAAUCAUGUAGAGCUGUAGAUCUCCAUGGUGUUUGCAUCCAAUUUGAUGGUGAGGAUCAAUUACAGCAGCAGAGAAAGAACUUUAUUAAUAUGGAGAGGAAUGCCACGUGGCAGAUGAUGCAGUUGUCUUGUGGUACUCAUCACCUCAUAAACACUACUAGCACUGCCACCCCUACUACUACUCUUCCUCUUCCUAAUACUAACUCUGCAGUAUCAACAGUACUAGCUCCAGCAAUACUAAGCAGAAUGGACCAAAACUACUUGUUUAAGUCUCAUGAUCAAUUGAGCAUCUUUAAUGCUGAACAUGACUUCAACAGCAGAAGAGCCUGCAAUGAAGAAGAAGAAGAAGAAGAAGAAAAUGGGUUAGGGGAGGAGUCUCAAACCCUUGAAUUGUUUCCACUUCACAGCAGCAACAACAGUGACAACAUGACUAAAGAGAAAGAGUCAACUGAUCGUGACCAGGAGCUAGAUAUGAAUGCAAACUUGACAUCUUACCAGUUUUUUGAGUUUCUCCCACUGAAGAACUAG